AUGCAAUUGGCGAACAGUUGUCGAUUGAACCCCGAGAACACAAACAUACAAUUCAUGAGAGAGAUCUCAGGCUCUCCAGCUUCCUCAAUUUUUGAGAUAACAUAUGACAACGUAACAUACGCCCUGAAACUUUAUCACGAUAAUGGGGAUCCCGGGCUCACGGAGCGGGGGCGAGACUUGAAUAGAUAUCGCUGUGAACUUAAAGCCUACAUGAACCUGCUCCGUCAUGGCGUGUGUGACCGCGGAUUUGUUCCAUAUUUCUAUGGGUAUAUCGAUCGGCUCGAUCCAUCAACAUUUCAGCCUGCCCUACGGCAUUUCACUCAUGACAAAUUGCAUCCUAGUGCGAUUCUCCUUGAGUACCUUCCAGCGGCGGAAAGCCUGAACUGUGUGAAUUAUUCAACUGCUCUUUAUAACACAGCAAUUGAAGGCAUGAAAGAAAUACACAAUGCCCAUGUUCACCACAGGGAUAUAUACCCCAAGAAUAUUCUACUAUCAGAGGGAGGAAGCAAAAAGAGGCUGGUAUGGGUUGACUUUGACGUUUCAACGACCUUCAACAGUACGGGGCCUGAGGAAGAAAAGUACAGUAAAUAUGAAGAGGAGCUUGUUGUCGGCUGCGGAAAAGCAUUGCAAGAGGACCAAAAACAAGGUCUUCCCCCGAAUACGAAGUUUUAUUGA